AUGUUUAUCUUCUUUCAUCCUCCGCCGUCCCUUGACGAUUCCAGAUGUUCAGAGGUUGACCCGUCGCUUUUUACGGAUGCCGAUCGAUUGCUUGGUUCGUUUGAGAUCAUUCGUCAAAGUGGCACCUAUGUUUGUUGUUCUUAUCUCCAUCCAAAUGUGUUAGAAUUGUCGCAAUAUUCAUCCUUUCUCGCCUUCAAUGACAUCGAGAAUCUAUCGAUGCUGGUACAUCCGUCACCGCCAAAGAAACUACAACAAAGCCAGACAAUCCUUUUAGACACGAAUGCGGUAGAAGUAGCUCAAAAAAGCGGGAAUUGCCCAAAAUUUAUAUCAGGCUAUCCCGUUUCGCAGCUUCUGCCUGUUCUUAAUCAUGUGCAAAAGGCUGACUCUUACACGAUUGCAAAUCUGCUAGUGAUGGUUCUGCAGGUGAUGCCCUUAGAAGACGCCACUACAUCGACAACACUCUCUAAGAAUAGGAUGUUGAUAUGGGUGGCCGAUCCUACUUUGGUUUAUUUUCCCAUUUACAUUUGGAACGUCACGAAAAACACUAGCCUUUUGCAUGCCGGCGAAAUUGUUUUUUGGACACAAAUUUUCAUAAGGGCUAAUGCUGGUAGGGAAAUUAUUUCAGGGCAUGCUUCGUCGGCUUCAAAGAUCAUUCAAUUUGGAAAACUUGAUCCAAAGGCGGCCAACGAUCCCAUCAUGUCGUAUUUCUUUGAAGACAAGCAGGAGGGAAAAAACCUUGUUAAAAAAAUGUGCACAGAAUAUCUGCUUUUUUAA